AUGAAGAUGCUUCAAGGCCCCAUCUUUUGUCUUCUUCUGGCCAGUAUUUCUCACAGUGCGCAAAACCCAGAAACAACUACAUCUGCUUCACUAUCAACAACUUCUGAAAGAAUCACAACUUUGCCAGCAAUAAACUCAGCAACAUCACCAAAUGUUGAGAAAUCAACAGUUGAAAUAUCUACUAAAGGAACCUCCAGCGAGGAAGCCACACAAAUGCCUUACCUAUCAACACCGUCUCCAGUAACUCCAAAAGCUAAAGGUGAUGGAGCUAGAACCGAAAACAUCACGGAGACCAAGUUGAGUACUACAAAAGCAACAGUGAUAAGCCAGUCACUUUCAAAUGCUGUUUCCACAUCACAAAGUUCCGACUCCAAGACUGAGACUUGGAGUUCCAUCAAAGCAACAGAAACACCAGUUAACGCUUCACCACCAGAAGAAUCAUCUUUCAGAACCACUACAUUAUCCUCAAUAUCAGUUACAACUCCAGAAAACAUCUCCCCAUCUCAAGGCCUUGAGAAUGCAAAAAAUGCAAGUGCUUCUACAACCAGCCCCUCUUAUUCCAGUAUUAUUUUGCCUGUGGUUAUUGCUUUGAUUGUAAUAACACUUUCAGUCUUUGCUCUGGUGGGAUUGUAUCGGAUGUGCUGGAACACAGACCCAGGCACACAGGAAAAUGGAAAUGAACAACCUCAGUCCGAUAAAGAGAGUGUGAAACUUCUCACUGUUAAGACAAUUUCUCAUGAGUCUGGGGAGCACUCUGCACAAGGAAAAACCAAGAACUGA